AUGCCGGAGACUCAGGACCAGGAGCGCGGCCAAACCGCGCAGGCGGCCGACGGGGUGGUCGCAAAAGACGUCAAGAUGAGCUGGAAAGGAGUGUUAUGGGACACCUUCGACAAGUCUCCUGAAGAGCGAAAGUUCCUCGGCAAAUUAGAUGCUGCUCUAUUGACCUUUGCGUCCCUUGGCUAUUUCAUCAAGUACUUGGACCAACAAAACAUCAACUCGGCUUUUGUGUCCGGCAUGAAAGAAGACUUGGGUCUCUACGGCGAACAACUGAACAUUAUGCAGACAUGCUGGACUGUGGGCUACGUGAUUGGCCAGCUGCCGAGCAACAUUCUCCUGACCAAAGUUCGGCCCUCGCGAUGGAUUCCCGCCGCCGAGGUUCUCUGGACGAUACUCACUUUUUGUCUAUCGAGAUGCUCGACAGCCAAGCAAAUCUACGUGCUACGUUUCUUCAUCGGUCUUGCCGAAAGCACCUUCUAUCCAGGAAUGCAGUACAUAAUCGGCAGCUGGUAUCGAAAGGAUGAGCUUGCCAAAAGAAGUUGCAUUUUCCACACAAGCAGCGCCAUUGCAUCCAUGUUUUCCGGUUAUCUCAUGGCUGCUGUCUAUCACCUCGGUGGUAAAGGAGGAUACAAGGGAUGGCAAUGGCUUUUCAUUGUCGACGGCAUCAUCUCGCUUCCCAUUGCAUUGGCCGGCUUUUUCGUGCUUCCAGACGUGCCGGAAAUCUCCAAGCCAUUCUAUCUGACCAAAGAAGAAGUCGCCUAUGCGCAGAAGAGGAUGCAGCUGGAGGGUCGGAAGCCGCGUGAGCCGUACACGAAGGCCAAGGUCAAGAAGAUUCUGACAUCAUGGCACAUUUGGGUGCUCACUCUUCUCUACAUUGCGUUCAACAACGGAAACAUGUUUGCUCAGCCUGCCUUUGCGCAGUGGCUCAAAGCAAGCACAAAUCCCAAGUACUCUGUGGGACAGAUCAAUGCCUACCCCACGACUACGUAUGCCGUGGCAGUGGUCUCGACGCUGAUUUACGCAUGGUCUUCGGAUUCGUAUCUGAAAGGAUCCCGUUGGCCGCCAAUGAUAUUCGCAGGGAUAUGGAACAUCAUCGUUUACACAUCGCUGGCUGUAUGGGAUAUCCCGAACGGAUGGCAUUGGGCCUGUUACAUAUUAGCAGGUCUCAACAGCGGUCUCUCCGGACUAUGCAUGUCAUGGGCACAUGAGAUUUGCGCCAAUGACAACGAGGAACGUGCCAUCGUCAUCGGUAGUAUGAACCAAAUGGCCUACGUCAUCCAGGCUUGGCUGCCCCUCAUCGUGUGGAGACAGACAGACGCGCCACAGUAUCGCAAGGGUUUCAUCACCGUCGCCGUCAUUGGCGGGCCGCUGCUGAUCUGCACCGCCCUUGCGACGUUGGUCUUGCACAACAGGGAGAAGGCGCAGAAGGCGAAGAAGGGUUACGGCUCCGGGUCGGAGGAUGGUGAACAGGGUGAGACUCCGUCACCCCAGCUGUUUACCGUUGACGUCAAGGGGGCGGAAUGGCUUCUCGGAGAGCAAGAGCAACCCUCAAAGAGCGGUCCUUCCACUUUGGAGAUUGUGGGCUGA